AUGCUUUUAUGCUCAUUGACAUCCCAAAUUGAGGACAAUUAUGUCCAAGAUGCUUGCAGUGUGACUCGUUAUCGAGAUAUUUGUAUUCACACACUGGCUUCAUUUUCACACACAGCCAAACACAGCCCAAGUAGGUGGGCCCGAGCCGGGGUCUCCGUCACCAUAGGAGAAGCAAAAAAAGUGAGUAAGUACUUGUGGAUACGUAGAAAUGAUACGAUCCUAAAAGGAAGAAAUAAAGUUGCACUUUUGGAUUGCGUUGAGUCUUUUCAAGAAUUGCUCGAUAAUCUUCAUAAAUCUCUUGGCAUGCUUAGAAAGCUAAAUUUUCGGGAAUUCGACUCUCAAAUGGGCGAUGUUAAAACGUGGUUAAGUGCUGCUCUUACUGAUGAAGAUACGUGUUUGGAUGGAUUUGAUGGACGAAAAGGAAAAGUCGUUGAAAGUUUGCUGAAUCGUGUUUCAAAUGUAAGUUACAUGAGUAGCAACGCAUUAGCUUUAGUUAACAAACUUGCAACUACUGGUCCAGAAGCACUGCAGAAGGAUUGA